ACGUUUCCGUUGCACUUCCGUCUAAACAUGGCGGAGUAUGCUAACCUGGUCCGAAGGGCUUUGGGACAGCUAGGAGGUCAUGGAGGAGUUCGGGGUUUUUUGACACAGUUUUUCAGGGUGAACGAUAUCAAAACAGGCACUCUUAUUGGUAUUGAUAAAUACGGAAACAAAUACUAUGAAGACAAGAAGCACUACUUCUUUGGGCGUCACCGUUGGGUGAUCUACACCACAGAGAUGAACGGAAAGAGAACAUUCUGGGAGGUGGAUGGCAGCAUGGUGCCAGCUGAAUGGCAUCGCUGGCUGCACUGUAUGACAGAAGACCCACCCACCACACAUCCUCCAGAGCCCAAGAAGUUCCUCGCCGAGGUUCAUCAGUUCAACGUGAGUGGCUCCCCGCAGCAGUACGUGCCGUACCCCACCACCCGCAAGAAGAUCCACGAGUGGGUUCCUCCUAAAGCCGGAGCCCAGUGAACUGACUGCUUUAUGUUCAUGCUGUUAAUUAUAGUUUCCUGCCUGAAUAAAAUCUUUAUCCUGAUAUUUAAAAA